AUGAACAAUCAGAUCACGAGGUUACAGAACAACUCAAACGUACGACUAACAGGAGAACACAAAGGUCCAGACUCUGUUCCCAAAGGUCCAAACUCUGAAGGUCCAGACUCUGUUCCCAAAGGUCCAGACUCUGUUCCCAAAGGCCCAGACUCUGAAGGCCCAGACUCUGAAGGUCCAGACUCUGUUCCCAAAGGUCCAGACUCUGUUCCCAAAGGUCCAAACUUUGUUCCCAAAGGUCCAGACUCUGUUCCCAAAGGUCCAAACUCUGUUCCCAAAGGUCCAAACUCUGUUCCCAAAGGCCCAGACUCUGAAGGCCCAGACUCUGAAGGUCCAGACUCUGUUCCCAAAGGUCCAAACUCUGAAGGCCCAGACUCUGUUCCCAAAGGUCCAAACUUUGUUCCCAAAGGUCCAAACUCUGAAGGCCCAGACUCUGUUCCCAAAGGUCCAAACUUUGUUCCCAAAGGUCCAAACUCUGAAGGCCCAGACUCUGUUCCCAAAGGUCCAAACUUUGUUCCCAAAGGUCCAGACUCUGUUCCCAAAGGUCCAAACUCUGUUCCCAAAGGCCCAGACUCUGAAGGCCCAGACUCUGUUCCCAAAGGUCCAAACUCUGUUCCCAAAGGCCCAGACUCUGAAGGCCCAGACUCUGAAGGUCCAGACUCUGUUCCCAAAGGUCCAGACUCUGAAGGUCCAGACUCUGUUCCCAAAGGUCCAGACUCUGUUCCCAAAGGCCCAGACUCUGAAGGCCCAGACUCUGAAGGUCCAGACUCUGUUCCCAAAGGUCCAGACUCUGUUCCCAAAGGUCCAAACUCUGUUCCCAAAGGUCCAAACUCUGAAGGUCCAGACUCUGUUCCCAAAGGUCCAAACUUUGUUCCCAAAGGUCCAGACUCUGUUCCCAAAGGUCCAAACUCUGUUCCCAAAGGCCCAGACUCUGAAGGCCCAGACUCUGUUCCCAAAGGUCCAAACUCUGUUCCCAAAGGUCCAAACUCUGAAGGCCCAGACUCUGUUCCCAAAGGUCCAAACUUUGUUCCCAAAGGUCCAGACUCUGUUCCCAAAGGCCCAGACUCUGUUCCCAAAGGUCCAAACUCUGAAGGCCCAGACUCUGUUCCCAAAGGCCCAGACUCUGUUCCCAAAGGUCCAAACUCUGAAGGUCCAGACUCUGUUCCCAAAGGCCCAGACUCUGUUCCCAAAGGUCCAGACUCCAUCUUCUCGUGGAGUCACAACAAAAGAAAAGCAUCGAAAUACAUCAGUCUAGAAACGAGAAGAAUUCACACUUGA